UAUCAUAUAUAAAAUCGAAAGAAAAGAGCCUCCAUCUUUCACUUUGCAGCAACACAGCUCUAAACGGCCAAAGGGUUCAUCUAAUCUCCGAAUCUCUACGCCGGGUUGCAACAAACAUGUCGAGGAGAAAGGUUAGAGAGCCAAAAGAAGAAAAUGUGACUCUAGGUCCAGCUGUUAGAGACGGUGAACACGUCUUUGGCGUCGCUCGCAUCUUUGCUUCCUUCAAUGACACAUUCAUUCAUGUUACUGACUUGUCUGGGAGGGAAACACUUGUUCGCAUAACUGGUGGGAUGAAGGUUAAAGCUGAUAGAGAUGAAUCAUCUCCCUAUGCUGCUAUGCUUGCAGCACAGGAUGUUGCUGCCAGAUGCAAGGAACUGGGCAUAACUGCUCUUCAUAUCAGGCUCCGUGCCACUGGUGGAAACAAGACAAAGACACCUGGUCCUGGCGCUCAAUCCGCUCUUAGAGCCCUUGCUCGUUCAGGAAUGAAAAUUGGUCGCAUAGAGGAUGUGACUCCCAUUCCUUCCGACAGCACACGUAGAAAGAGUGGAAGGAGGGGUAGAAGGCUUUAAGCUUCUGCUAUAUGUCUGGAGUCGCUCUGCUUUUAUUUCCAUGUCAAGUAGAAUUGUGCCAUUUCGAAAUUUUGGUUGGGCUUCAUAUCAAACUUUUAUUGUAUUUCUUCAGCUUUCUCGAACAUAAUUGAAGUUUACAUGCUCUGACAUUAAUGUUAAAUGCUUUUGAAAGUUCUGAAUGUUA